UGGAGGAAUGUACGAGAUCGGGAGAGAGAGAGAGAGAGAGCACACACGCACGCACGCAGACACGCACACGCACAGAGAGAGUGUGAUAUGUGUUCACCUUUUACUCCAUUUGCGUCACAGCAAGUGAGGAUUGGGCCACAGACAUGAAGGCAUGCUGCAUGAACAUCCACUACAUGCUUUCAUAACAACACAGAAAACAUUUUUUUGCUGAGAAGACAAAUUUCACAUUCGCGAUGCGACUCGUUGCGUGACAUUGUGGCGUGUGUGCGUGUGUGUGAUUGAUUUUUUUUUUUAAAGCGAUGGAGCAGCAGUCAUCCAAGAAGAAGAACAUGGACGUUUGCCUGCGCAGACUCAAACAGGAGCUGGUGUCCAUGAAAGAAGCAGGAGAUGGCCUCCACGCUCAGAUGAAUUCAAUGAUGGGAGCCCUCCAGGAACUCAAGCUCCUUCAAGUCCAGACUGCUCUUGACAACCUCAACCUAUCAGCUCGACCGGUCGUAAGAGGACGGACACAUCUCCAGGAGACCCCAGCUUCUGACACAACGUCCACGAGUGCUUCAGACAGGAAUCACACGUUGUCCGACGAUCCCAUCCAGAGUCUGCAGACUUCCAUGGAGUUUGGGGCUACGUUUACCAGAGAUGGACCUAGCAUGUCACAAUGUAGAUACAGCAGUGAAGGGACUUUGUCUUCUGGAGCCAGUCUGGAGAUGGAUAGACGUGAUGGAGCAGUAACACAAAGCAAGAAUGACCUAGACGCAUUACCAAGAAGGUGGUCAGGCUACAUGGCGCCACAGGUGGACUUCUAUGGGCCAAUGGUGGGGAACCCUCCACCAGAACCCUACAUCCAGUUGCAGGCUCCCCAGCGUUCACAGGUGGUGGAUCUACCGGGGAUUCUUAACAGCCUCUCCAGAGAAGGUCCAUCAUUAGACAACGAUUACUCCCAGGAUAGCAUGGAUGAUUCCGGCGACUGGACUUCUUCACUCAUGAGCCGUAGCCGCAACCGCCAACCCUUAGUGCUUGGGGAUAACAUCUUCGCCGACCUUGUAGGUAACUGGCUGGACUUGCCCGAGGUAGAGACAGAUGAGGGGGAGGAAGACGAGUCAAGGAAGAAGAGGGAAGUGCGGAUGACGGAUGAAAGCACCGACAGACCGGACACCCCGGCUCACCCGCUCCGCCUCAGCCGCUCUCAGGAGAUCUGCAGGAAGUUCUCACUCACUACGAACAUCUUCAAGAAGUUCCUCCGCAGUGUUCGACCGGACAGAGACAAGCUACUCAAGGAGAGGCCCGGCUGGAUGGCGCCGGAGCUUCCAGAAGGUGACCUCUUCAAACGGCCCAAAAAGAUGGCUCCCAAAAGUGGCCAAAAAGGCAGCUUCUACUUGCCAUUCUGGGCUAACGGACAGCAGGGUAAAGGCCGCUUGGGUCAGAUGGAAACAGAAACAAAUCAAACCCACUUCCACCAGGUCCAUGAGAAACCAUUUGCAGGGAUUUAUUUAGAUCGAAGACAGCCAGAGACCUGUUUGAGGAAAGUGCAGCCAUUGUUUGACUACAACACAGCUGUGUGGGUGUGACCGCGGGCGGUUGGCAGCCUGGUAUGGUGGCAGCCUGUGCCAGUGUCAGGUGGCCGGAUGAAGAACUGUCGUUUGAAAACUAACGUCACAGUCAAGAACUGACAGUCUGACAAUCCUAAAACCAGGAACCUCUUUUACCAGUCAGUGUUAAAGACAUUUUUGAUGAUACACUGCAGAUUUUGUACCGCCCAAAUUUCCUUGAUGUACAUCUAUGACUGGAAUAUCUCAGACGUGUACCCUUACCAAACAGUCUUGGGUCAAAUGGACCCGUUUUAUAAAAGCUGUCACUAGCCACGUUUACAUGAGAAGUUUUUCUCUUUCCGAAUGGAAUCUUUCCGAAUGACCUUUCCGAAAGCAAUGGUAUACAUGGAAAGGAAUAUUCCAAUCGCGUGUCUACAUGCGCCGCUAUAAUCAACCAGAAUAGUCAAUGGGGCAUGCGCAGUAAAACGUAAACACCAACAUCACGUGAUACCAACUUCCUCAAGUUUUUCUUUCACUUGUUGGAAUAACUCCGUAUUGCGAGUUUUUCCUUCGUCCAGUCUUGGAAUUUAGUUUGAAUCAAAAACAAGCCGUCCAGUGCCGAUUGCUCGCCUCCAUUUUUUUUUUAAAUCGAAGAACGUCUCGAGCUGCGUGUUACGUCAUAUCUCAGCAUUCGCGGAAAGAACGCACCCGGGAACAGGAAAAGAUAAAGUUCAAUCUUGCUAAUAUUUUAUUAUUAAGCUCGGCACAUCUUUUAUAUAGAUAAGAUAUAUAUAUAUAUAUAUAUAUGUAUAUAUAUAUAUAUAUUUUUUUUUUUUUUUUUUCUUUUUUAAUAAAACUGGACUUGUGAAUGGCGUAUAGAAGGGUUUAGAUUCUGUUCCACAGAUGGCGCUAAUGCACACGAAAGCUGCUUGCCAACCGCCAAUAAACAACAGAAGAAGAAAAACACCACGAAGAAGAACGCACCCUGACAACUUUCCGAUUGAGCGGGUACAAGAUACCUCAAUCGGAUUGGGGAAAGGAAUAUUCCACCCCUGUGAAUCCGAUUAUAUAUUCAUUCGGAUUGGACCUUUCUUUCGGAAUGAGGUGUAUACAAAGGUAAGGCAAAUAACCCGAAUGGAAUUGGAAUAUUUGGGUCCAUGUAAACGUGGCUACUGAAUAAUGGUUCUCGAGCAGAUAAAAACUGUUUAGACAAGGGCAUACAUUCAAAACCUAAACCAAAAGGUGAUUGGAUGAUUGUUGUUCUCGGAAAAUUGGCACUAUAUGCACUCCAUAUCAAUUGGUCAAAUGUAAAGACUGCCAAAACAAAGAUUGCUGUAAGUCUAUCAUGGUUUUCAAAAUGUUAGCUAACACCAUUAUCAACACCAUCACCCAUGUUUUUGUUUACUUUUGCCUGGAGUACAUUGAGGAUUGGACCAGCUAAGGUCCAAGUGGGACAUGUGUGGAAUCCAAUUUAAGAUAUAUAUUCAACUCUUAAAUACGAUGGUAACAUGUAGCAAGCUAACUUCAAGGGAUCUAAACAAAAAUCUGCCAAAGACUGGCCAGUUUAACAAAAGUUAAUGUUGAAUGUUGGCGUCCAGUUCUGACAAAACUGCUGCUUUGACCAAAAUGCUCAUUGUUAAUCUGUUUGGAUGCUGCCAUUGAGCUCGUUUUUGGCCCAGCGGGACAUGACAGCAACAGAGUGCAUGACUAGAUCACUUCAUAACAGAAGUUGCACGUUACAUUUGUUGUGUAUGUGUGGGUUUAGUUUUUUUUUGUUAGCCUGCUGUCGUGUUACAUAUUCUAAAUGUCUGUGCUGUGUGGCACACACAGAAUCAACUGUCAGUCCACAUGGGCUGUUGGCACAGAGGAGGAAGGGGGUGAACAUGGCAGAGCCGACCAUUGACUGCCAUCUGCUAUCAGGACGUUGUGUAAAAACAUGUUUGCAGAUAGUGUAGUUCAACCGAAACGGCUUUCUGUACAUAUUUGUCAACAGCAAUUAUUCCACAUGACACAUUAUUAUUAUCCCAGCACUGCCAACACUUGGACCACUGUAUACGCAAGGACAAUCUGACACACUUAUAAUUUAUUCUAAGUUAUUAUUAUUCAUAUUUUUAAACUGACCAAUCAGAGUAGCCAUCAAGGAUUAGGCCUUUAGCUCUUUGGAGCCUCUUGGCCACUUCAUCCAUAUGGUGGCUCAGUCUCAGGAUCCAGGUCACUCCAUCACAUAUUUUCCUCCAUAAGGCACACUUUGCCGCCCAAAAUAUGGUUGUUGUCACAUGUAUUUGCUCGUUUUUACAUCCUCAAGUGGGGUUAUUGGUGUUGUUUUUUUAUGCAAAUUGUUACUUGUGAUUCUGUCAUGUGUUUUGUAGACUUUGUAUACAAUAAAUCUGCUUUCAGAAACAAACAUGGCUGCUGUUUAGUGUAUCACACAGGUACUUGGGUGAAGGUUGUGGAAUUUUAAUUAUUAAACAUUCCACACGUUGCAAGGUUGCAAAAGGAGCCCUCUGUAUUGGAAUUGGUGAGAUAUUAUUUGCAUUAAUGAAAAAAAACACAUUUUCUCAUCAAAAUAUUACUUUAAAAUAUAAAUAAAUAUGGAAAUAUAAUUAAUUAAUUGGGAAACACACAAAUAAUAAUGACAAAAAAAAUGCUGUAAUUACAUAAAUGCUGCAUAAUGUAAAACAAAUGCAAAAGCAAACCCCCAAAACAACUUCAUAAGAAAAAUGCGCCAAAUUCAUGGGGAAAAACACAACUUGUAGCAUUUAUCUCAAGAAGUUGUGUGUUUGGGCUUUUUCGCAUUUGCUUUUGAUCCUGCAGCAUUUUUAAUUUGCCCUAUUUUACUGUUACAUGUGUUUUAUGGUGUUUGUGUGUUUUUAGUUUUGGCUAAUUUCUGUGCAUUUAGACGUUGCUGCAUGUUUGACCCUGUCGGCAACGUCAUUUCUU